AUGGCCGCCGCCGCUUUCCCUUUCGCGGCGCUGCCGCCACCGCCGCCUCCUCCUCCGCCGCCUCCGCCACCUCCGCAGCCGCAGCCGCCGGCGCAGCCGCCUCCGCCGCCACCUCCGCCUGCGCAGGCCCCGGGCGGCCCCGCGGCCCCGCAGCCCCCGGGCGGCCCCGCGGCCCCUCAGCCGCCUCCCGCCGCUCCUUACGGGCAGUUCCGCUUCCCGUCGCCGCCGCCCGGCCAUGACCCGCCCGCAGCCCCCGCGGGGGCUCCGCCGGCCGCCCCCGCCGCCCCCCCCCAGCCCGCGGGGGCUCCGCAGCAGCCGCGGCCCGAGGAGGGCGCGGGGGGCGCGGGCGCCGGCUCGGGAGAUGCGGGGGGACGGGCGGGAGCCGCGCACAAGCCCCGGAGGGCAGAUUUCCCGCGGAAGCGGAAGCGCAGCCGCUGGAACCAGGACUCGCUGGAGCAGAAGACGGUGAUCCCGGGGAUGCCCACGGUGAUCCCGCCCGGGCUGACCCGCGAGCAGGAGCGCGCCUACAUCGGUAACGGUUUGGGGGCAAAAAGAGCGCGUUUGGGAUUCCCCGAGCCCGGGUUUGGGGUCAGGACACGAGGUUUGGGUGACCCCCCCGCCCCCCGGAGCAGGUCCCCCUCCCCGGAGCCCAUCUACAACAGCGAGGGGAAGCGCCUGAACACGCGCGAGUUCCGCACGCGCAAGAAGCUGGAGGAGGAGAGGCACAACCUCAUCACCGAGAUGGUGGCCCUGAACCCCGACUUCAAGCCCCCCGCGGACUACAAGCCACCAGCAACGCGGGUGAGCGACAAGGUGAUGAUCCCGCAGGAUGAGUACCCCGAGAUCAACUUUGUGGGGCUCCUCAUCGGGCCCAGGGGGAACACCCUGAAGAACAUCGAGAAGGAGUGCAACGCCAAGAUCAUGAUCAGGGGCAAGGGCUCGGUGAAGGAGGGCAAGGUGGGCCGCAAGGACGGGCAGAUGCUGCCGGGCGAGGACGAGCCCCUGCACGCCCUCGUCACGGCCAACACCAUGGAGAACGUCAAGAAAGCCGUGGAGCAGAUCAGGAACAUCCUGAAGCAGGGCAUCGAGACCCCCGAGGACCAGAACGAUCUGCGCAAGAUGCAGCUGAGGGAGCUGGCACGGCUCAACGGGACCCUGCGGGAGGAUGACAACCGGAUCCUGAGGCCGUGGCAGAGCACCGAGACUCGCAGCAUCACCAACACCACGGUGUGCACCAAGUGCGGCGGGGCCGGGCACAUCGCCUCCGACUGCAAGUUCGCCAGGCCCGGGGACCCUCAGUCUGCUCAGGACAAGGCUCGGAUGGACAAGGAGUACCUGUCCCUGAUGGCCGAGCUGGGCGAGGCCCCGGUGUCCGUGAGCUCCAACGCCGCCCACAACAACAGCCCCUUGUCCAGCAGCCACCGUGCAGCCAGCCAGGCUGGGGGCCAGCCCCCCCCGGUGAUUUUGCCCCCCACCCAGAGCCGCCCCCCCUGGAUGAGCUCGGCUCCCUCGGAGAACCGCCCCUACCACGGGGGGCUGCACGGGGGGCCGGGGGGGCCCGGGGGUCCCCACAGCUUCCCCCACCCCAUGGCUGGCAUGGGUGGGGGGCACGGGGGGCACCCCCUGCAGCACACCCCAAACGGGCCCCCCCCGUGGAUGCAGCCCCAUCACCCCCCCAUGGGGGGGGGGCCGCACCCCCCGGGGCACCCCGGCCCCCACCACAUGGAUCAGUACCUGGGAAAUGCGCCGGUGGGCUCUGGGGUCUAUCGCCUGCACCAGGGAAAAGGUGAGACCCCUCCCCAAAUUCCCCCUCCCCAAUACAACAUCUCUGUGGAAGAAGCCGAUGAUUGGCUGCGCUACGGGAACCCCUGGGAGAAAGCCCGGCCCGAGUACACGAUCCCCGUUCACUUCUACGGGCGCGUGGAGCACGGGCCUGGCGGCGCCAGGUGGAUGGACACGCAGGUGGUGCUGGCCCUGCCCUAUGACACACCUGUCCCCGGCUACCGCAACAACACCGUGAACACCCUGCGCCUGUGGUCAGCGCGGGCCCCCAACGACUUCAACCUCAAGGACUUCAAUGUCGGGGGUUACGUCCAGGCCGUGCUGGAUCGGAACCUGGCCGAGAACAUCUCCCGUGUGCUGUACCCCAACGAUAACUUUUUCGAGGGCAAGGAGCUGCGGUUGAAGCAGGAAUAUUUCGUGGUGGCGGCCACGCUCCACGACAUCGUCCGGCGCUUCAAAUCCGCCAAAUUCGGCAGCCGAGACCCCGUGCGAACGUCCUUCGACGGCUUCCCGGACAAGGUGAACCCCGAAACUCCUCCCUGGACCCCCCAAAACCCCCGCUCCGAACCCCCCCUGACCCCUCCCGUCGCCCCCCGCCCACCUCAGGUCGCCAUCCAGCUGAACGACACCCACCCCUCGCUGGCCAUCCCCGAGCUGAUGCGGAUCCUGGUGGACGAGGAGCGGCUGGGAUGGGAUCAGGCGUGGGACAUCACGGUGCGCACCUGCGCCUACACGAACCACACGGUGCUGCCCGAGGCGCUGGAGCGCUGGCCCGUUCACCUGCUCGAGUCGCUGCUGCCGCGGCACCUGGAGCUCAUCUACGAGAUCAACCAGCGCUUCCUGGACGCCGCCCCCGGUUACCACAUGGCCAAGAUGAUCAUCCGCCUGGUCACGGCCAUCGGGGACGUGGUGAACCAGGACCCGGCCGUGGGUGACAGACUCAGGGUUCUGUUCCUGGAGAAUUACCGGGUGUCGCUGGCCGAGAAGGUGAUCCCGGCCGCGGACCUGUCGGAGCAGAUCUCCACGGCGGGCACGGAGGCGUCGGGCACGGGCAACAUGAAGUUCAUGCUGAACGGGGCUCUGACCAUCGGCACCAUGGACGGCGCCAACGUGGAGAUGGCGGAGGAGGCGGGCGAGGAGAAUCUCUUCAUCUUCGGCAUGAGGGUGCCCGACGUCGAGGAGCUCGACAGGAAGGGGUACCGCGCUCAGGAGUUUUACGAUCGCCUGCCCGAGCUCCGCCAGGCCGUGGACCAGCUCAGCUCCGGCUUCUUCAGCCCCCGCCAGCCCGACCUGUUCCGCGACAUCGUCAACAUGCUCAUGAACCACGACAGGUCGCGACAGGAGCCCGGCGGAGUCGCGACAGAGGGGGCGGAGAGGGGAGGGGGGUGA